AUGAGUGACUUGAGUUUGUUAACCUUUCCUGCAGAGACCAAGUCGGGGCGAAGGAUUAAGUCAGUGCAGUGUGGCCUGAAGAAGAAGCUGGUGUCUGAGGUGGAGACUGCUGAAGUGCCUCCCUGGCUUGCUCUACAACUGGAGGACAACACCUCUCUAGAGAAGAAGCCUCAGAAGCCAGACGACCAGAUCAGCAUGCUGGAGAAGGCCAAGGCUGAGUUCGUGGGCGUCAGGCGAGCGCUUAACUACCAGCUCGAGACUGACGUUUUUGAGAAGAAAAAAAACCGUGAGGAGAGGAUAAAGACACUCCUGAAUGCUCUGAUGACGUCUAAGACGGGGCCCAUCCUCUCCACGCUGCUCAUCUCCCUGAAGAGUGAAUUCAAGGAGCCCAAGUCCACCGGCAGCUUAUGGUUUACCAAGCUGAAACAGAAUGCCUUGGAUUUAGGCGGAGAUAAAGACUCCAGAUUCCAUGACAUCCUGAAGAAGAUCUCCCAGUUUCAGAACUUCAACAACAAGAAAGUUCCAUACUCCAAGGAAAAGUUCUGCCUGCUUGUCAUCUCCCUCCCAGCCAAUCAGCUCCUUCGUCCCGCCCUUCAGGAGGCCCUCCUCUUCCUGACCGAUCACGUGCUCCAGAUCCUCCCUCGGCAGGUUAGGCAGUGGUACCAGUACCUCAAGCUGCCCUUUUCUGUUGCAACGGAAACCUGAGGGGUCACCUCCAUCCGCAGCCUCCCCCCCCAAAUUACCACAGCUUGUCCCUGCUACCUCGCCACAUCUGUUAGACCUUAAAACCUCCUAUUUCCUCUCCCUCUCCUGUCUCUGUUCCUC